UAUGAGUGUUUUAAGUAUAUGAUUGAUAGACUACAAAAACUUCUAACAUUUGGAUAGCAGAAUGUGCGUUUGGUAGUGUCUGUGUUGUAGUAAAUUAGACAAUUCUUGAGGUUAGAACCUCUAAAAAACUACUGACAAACCACAAAUCUGUUUCUUUGGAGAUUAUGAGCUCCAAUAAUAUUUAUGCAAGUCGCAAAAGGAGGAAACCUGUCCAGAAAAGUGUGAAGCAGCCUCUUACAUGUGUUAAAUCCAAUCCAUCCAAGCGACACCGGGAGCGGAUGAAUGAAGAGCUGGACAGCUUGGCCAGCGAGAUCCCUUUCCCACAGGAAAUCGUAUCCACGCUGGACAAACUCACCAUACUGAGGCUAAGUGUUAGCUACCUGCGGGCCAAAAGUCACUUGAAUGGUAAUGCAUGGAAGAGCUCUACAGUGGGCAGAUGGGCUCUGGAAUGCAAGCAGCCAGUGAUGGCUACCUACCAGUCGUUUAUGAGUCAUUUCAAAGAGGUGUUUGCUGUACCACUUACCCCCACUAUCUUCACCAUUAGCAGCGGCUGGAAUCAAGUGGCCCUCCUCACCACUUACCGGAAAAAUUUAAAGCCUCAAAUUCGUAGACAGAUGGUAAUUUAUGAUGACAAUGCCAACCCAGAAACUUUUAUUAAGAAAGCCAUCAGUGUGUCACAGCACCUCUCUGCCUGUCCAUCCUCUUUGUCUGUUUACCCUGUUUCACCCACAAGAGCUCCAUCACCACCAUCGGACCCAGAAGAACCCAUGAUUACAGAUGUCUUCUGUUUUGCAUUUGCCGAACGACUAAGACACAUCCAUAAUCACCUUUGCCUAUACUGUGGAGAAUCCAACCAUCUCAUCUCGGCCUGCCCAGUUCGCCCCACUCGCCUAAUGCACGAGGUGAUGGAGGAUUACAUCAACGAGGCGCUCAGUCAAGGGUUCAUCAGACCAUCUACCUCCCCAGCCUCAUCCUGCUUCUUCUUUAUUGCCAAGAAGGAUGGAGGACUGAGGCUUUGUGUAGAUUACAGGGUCUUUAAUGCAGCCACAGUCAAGUUUGCCUACCCUUUGCCUCUGGUUCCGGCUGCCUUGGAAGAGCUCUGCGAAGCCUGCAUCUUCACCAAGCUUGACCUCCAAAGCGCAUACAACCUUAUCCAUAUCCGGGAAGGGGACGAGUGGAAAACUGCUUUCAUCACUCCCUUCGGUCACUAUGAAUAUCAGGGGGCCAGCAUGGAAAGAAGCAAAGUGGACUCCAUUUCCCAGUGGGAAGAACCUAAAACUCUGAAGGAGUUGCAGAGGUUUCUGGGAUUUGCCAACUUUUAUCGACGGUUUUUUAUCGACCUCAAGGAAGUGUUUACCACUGCACUUGUUCUCCAUCAUCUGGAUCCCACACAGCCUGUCAUUGUGGAGGUUGAUGCGGCUGAUGCCGGAGUUGGAGCCAUUUUAUCACAGUGUCGGACGAAGAGAUCUGAGCUGCCGGUGCUGAAGAACCAGCACCCCCCGAACUCCCUCCUGGUCGUAUGUACAUGCCUUCCAGAUGCCGUAUUUCACUCCUGGAUAGUGUGCACACCUCCCUCAGCUCAGGACACCCAGGCAGCAGGCGAACCCUCUCGCUCCUCCAACAGAGGAUACCAACCCUCCUUGUUCCCAUGGUCCGGCGAGACCUCUGAAGUGCCUGCGGUAGAUCACUGGUUCCGCGAGGGUCUGGGACUCAGCUCAUGUCCAUCUCCAGCAGGCAACCCGGAACCCGACCAAGCUGAAAUCAUCCCAGACAACAUCUACCAAGUCAAAGAGAUUCUAGACCCCACUCACCUUGACGAGUUCCUCACCUUGACGAUUUGCUUUUGUCAAGCUUCCCCUGAUGCAACACCGAUUCAGACAUACUACAGUCCAGAGCAGUUGCAACUAGAGAACUCUACUUUUCUGGAGCUAAACUUUAUUUGCAGGUUAAGAUGUCUGUUGGACAGCACUUCUGGCUUUCUUGCUGUGAACUUCCAGGGCCGAUUGAAGUUCUUGUAUGGGCAGAAUGAGAAUACAGCAGAUGGCAAACGCAUCCCGCCUCAGCUGGCCCUGUUUGCCCUGGCCUGCCCUCUACAGCCACCUUCAAUUCUGGAAAUCCGCACCAAGAACUUAAUGUUCAAAACCAAGUAUAAGCUGGAUUUCACACCCAUUGCAUGUGACACAAAAUGGAAUAUUGUUCUCGGCUACACAGAGGCAGAGCUCUGUAAUAAUGGUUCAGGCUAUCAGUUCAUCCAUGCAGCUGACAUUAUGUACUGUGCUGAGGGCCACAUGCGGAUGAUGAGGACGGGUGAAACUGGGUUGACUGUUUUCAGACUGUUGACUAAACAGAACCACUGGGUUUGGGUUCAGUCCAACGGCAAACUUGUCUACAAAAAUGGGCAACCAGAUUGCAUCAUCACAUCUCAUAGAGUUAUAACGGCUGAGGAAGGUGAGGAGAACCUGAGAAACCGUGCAGUGAUGCUUCCCUUCAGCUUCACUACAGGCGAGGCUGUGCUUUGUGCCAUAAACCGGCCCACAUCUUCAGAUGGCAAUGCUCAACCUAGAACCACUAGAACUGUUGACCCUGACUCAUUGCUGGUCUCUUUGCUGAAGCAACCCAAGUCAAUAUGUUUAUCUCCUGCAGAUGAGCGCUCAGUGCUGGUACAGAGCUUAAGGUACAAGGAUCAGGAUGGGAGCUAUUCCAUUAACUCACAAGAAAGUGUUCUUUCAGUCUCUGGAAGCUGUCCAUUCAAACAAGAGUCAAAUCUCAGCUCUGAAGGAGAUGACAGCUGCGAAAUCCUGAACUUCAUGGAAAGUUUAGGGAUCAGCCCAGAAGAUUUAAAGUCCCUUCAACAAGAUGAUCUGUUCAUCAAAAUUGAUUUUGACAGACAUAAUGACAUGGCAGACCUCUCAGAUGACAUUUUAUCUUAUGUACAGCAGUCUCUUAAAACAAAGAUGGACUGUAUGGUUCCAAAUAACACCCAGGGCAAUGUGAAGGAGCAGGAACUCAUCAGUAACCCUGCCCAGACAUUAAUACUAAAUGAUUCAUGUGAUAAUAAUACAUUACUACCUCAGGAACAACAAAUGACUUUCAUAACAGAAAAGAUUGAACCAAAGAUUCAGCAAUUCACACAAAUACAACCUCAUAUUUCACAGAAGGCAAUACCAGCUCUCCAAAUAGAUCCUCAUGAACACCAAGACACAAGGUAUCAGUCAUGCAAUGGGACAGGAAUCACACUACCCAAAAUUUCACACAACACAAUUCAGACAAUAAGCCAAAACUCGCAACGCUCAAACCUUCCACCUUUCCAUGGGCAGGUGUGUGAUGCACUCAGAAGUCCUCAGGCUUGUGGGAACAUGGCUGAAGUUAUAGAAAGCCACAUACAGCAGGUUUCUCCACUCUUGCAGCCAGAGCUCCAGCCAUCUGAAUGCUUUUACCUGGAAACGCCCAUUCUGGAUCCAAAGCGGUGCAUCAGCUGCUCCCAACAGCUCUCUUCACCUCAUUUUACUGAAGGUGAUCCUGUUGAGUUUACCACUCAGGACCUAGAGGACCUGAUAAUUAACAUGAAUGGUAUUGGAGAGAGGAACAUCUACUCAGGCCAGGACAGAGGAAUGGGCAAAACAUCGAGCCUGGAUCAACAAGCUUACAUCGGAACAUUUCAGAAUGGAGGCCGCACAAACUAUGCAUGGGAGAGAAACACAGCACAUCUGGUACAGAAUCCCAACCAGCACCAGAACAGACCCCAUCCAAACCUUUAUUCUAGAGGAUACUUUGAUAAAUCAGUUGUUACCAAGCUGUGAUCUGAGGUGAUAUGCCAGAAAUAGCCAAAGUAAGGUAUAAUAAAAGAAUGGAGAAGCAUAAACAAAAAAGACUGCACGUGGACCAAGAAAAGCACAACUGUCCUGUGUGGCUCAGCAUGACAUCUAAGAUGAAUGAAGAACCAGUCUGCUUGGAUCAGAACGAUAUAAGAAUCGUUCAUCAGUGGCUUCCCUGUUAUAUGAACAGUACUGUCACUGUCCUUUGAUGAAUGUCUCUUUACAUGUCUCUCGAGAAAUGUUGCAAAUCUAUUGGCCUGUCAAAAUUGUGUCCCAGUGCAAUAUAUAGAGUAUGGAGUGACUGUAAAUAGCCUUUAGCAAUUGCCAAACAAACCAGGGUUUUUCAAGUAUACUAUAAUAUGUGUAAAGUAGGACAACAGGGCUAAUCAAUAUGUAGCUUUUCACAUUUUAGCUUUUCUUUUCUAAACAUUUCUUAAGUAUUUUUUAAGAAUUAAGCAAUAUGACUAAUUUGAGUGAUUUAUACUACACUGGGACUUUAUGUCAGCAUUUUAUUUUCAUUUAAACUAUAAUUUUUAUCUUAAUAUCAUGUUUUCUUAACUUUUUUGUAAUUUAAUUUACGCAUGUAUUUAUUGUAAGAAAUGGAUUUGAAAUAUUAAUAUCAGGAGUAUUUAUUUGUAAUCAGUGUAAUUAGGGAACAUAUUCACUACCUGACAAAAGUCUUGUCGUCUAGUUGAUCAUUUGGUAUCAGAAGUGGCUUUUAUGAAAGGCAAAGGCCUCUAGAUUACGCUUAUUUUACCAAAAUAAAAUAUGAUCAUGCCUUGA